AUGCAGACGCGCCAGGGCGUGUGCCAACAGCAGCAAGAGAAGCAAGAAGAACAACAGCAGCAGUGCGAACACCGCUGUUUGGUUGGGCACGAUGACCACGCCAAGGAGCGCAAGAUGCGCACCGAGGCCGAAUGGAUCAUGGAGCGCGCCGUGAUACGCCGCAUGUGCCAUGUGCUCGUGGUACUGUGCUUGAGCGACGACACCUUUGACCCCGUUCACCAUGUGCUCCACAUCGAUACCGAUAAUGCGGUCUUGCGCUGCGCACUCCAUAAUGCAGCACGCGAGACCGGCAUAUGGGGGCUAGCCGCUAAUUCGGCCCGCGAGCUCGCGCUGGACAAAGCCGAACAAGCCGCGGCACGCCUGCUCGGCGUUGAGUGGCACAUUGCCGAGCGAUGUCUGGCCGACUGUCUCGCCGAGACCAAAACACCAGCGACACCAGCGGCGCCUGGUUCUUGA